AUGCCUGUCAGCAACCGGUCCCCGGAGCAGCCUUUCCUAAAUACUUCGGGAGAAACCAGCCCGGUCUGGGUCCAUCAGAUGCCCUACAGCAAAUACCCGCAUUUCCCGCGGCUCGACCAUGACAUUGACGACACUGACGUGUGCAUUAUUGGAUCUGGGAUCGCUGGCAUCUCAACGGCCUACGAGAUGAUCACGCGCGGCAAGAAAGUCGCCAUGCUGGAAGCGCGAAACGUCAUCUCCGGUGAAUCCGGGCGCACAAGCGGGCAUCUUUCCAACGCCCUGGACGACCGCUAUAUCAAGAUCCAAGAGAAACAUGGCCGCGAGCGUGCUCGCCUAGCGGCAGACAGCCAUACCUGGGCCAUUGACCGAGUAGCGGACAUCGUCAAAAAGCUCGAUAUCGACUGCGAGUUCCGAUAUCUGCCGGCCUACAUAGUCUCGAAGUUUCCGCGGGACGGGCCCGACGCUCUCCGCCACCACGAUCAGGAUGUCAGCAUGCUCCGCUCGGAAGCCCAGCUGGCGCACGAAUUAGGGCUGGAUGCGACGUUCCGCCACCGGUACGCGGUGGAGGGCUGGGAUAGUGACGGCCCGGAUCAGCGCGAUGCGGCUGUAUUUGCAGGACAGGCCACCUUCCAUCCGACAAAGUACUUCAUUGGCGUCUUGGCGUGGUUGGCUGCGCAUCCAAAGUUCCAGUGUUAUACGCAUUCGAGGAUGGCAAGCAUCGAAGACGGGGAGGAGGGAGUUCGGGUCCAGACCAGAGAUGGCCGCAGCGUGCAUUGCGGUGCGGCGAUCAUGGCUACCUGUGUUCCGAUCCAGAAGCUAAGUCUUAUUGCGGAGAUGGAGUAUAUGCGGACGUACUGCAUUGCCAUCCGCAUCCCCAAAGGUUCCCUUGAAGACUGUCUGCUUUACGAUACGGCCGACGCUUAUAAAUAUGUGCGGCUGACGGCAUGCGACGAGCAAGACGACUAUCUUAUUGUUGGCGGUUGCGACCACAAAGUGGGACAGGAACAGACAGGCGGUCGUUUCGAGGAGUUGGAGGCCUGGGCCCGUGAACGGUUCCCCCGAGCUGGUAACACCGACUACAAAUGGAGCGGACAAGUUUUUGAGCCGGUGGACCAUGUGGCAUUCAUUGGGAAGAACCAGGGUAGCAAGAGCAAUAUCUACACGGUAACUGGAGACAGUGGCAACGGACUCACUCACGGCGUUUUAGCUGGGAAGCUGAUCGCCGACGAGAUCGAGGGACGAGAGAAUCCCUGGGCUGCGCUCUACAAUCCGAACCGAUCGGCCAGUGUCACCAAGGCGUUACCUAGCAUGCUUAAACACGAUAUGCAGAUUAACACUCAGUAUAAGCGGUAUCUGCAAUCCGACAUCAAGGAUAUCGAAGACCUUGCCGUGGGCACAGGCGGCGUUCUUAACACAGUCUCCUCUGGUGGUCCUGUGGCAGCAUAUAAAGACGAAGCCGGACAAGUACAUAAGUACAGCGCAAUCUGUCCUCACAUGAAGGCAGUGCUUACAUGGAAUAAUACUGAAAAGAGCUGGGAUUGCCCUGUCCACGGGAGUCGUUUCAGCUGCGACGGUGUGUGCAUCACAGGGCCCGCCAAGUCAGAUUUGAAGUCCGUCUCAUCUUAG